GAAGCUCUGCGCAUGCGUCCUCAAACAACCCCCGUCUGUCAAACCGCAGAGAAAUGAAACCGUUUCUCUGAAAACUACCUCAUGAAGUGGUGAAACGAGCAGGUAUAGUCCGAACCACCGUGGCGUCGCUAAGGGGCUCGUUGGGCAAAAACAACAACAACAAUGUUUGCGAAAAAGAAGAGAGCGGCGCAGCCCAAAGGCCAGGGGGCUGCUGCAGCCAAACAGAUGGGUCUGUUUGUGGAGAUGGACCCCGAGGAGAUGAUGAUGGGCAUGGAGGGGAACCUGGAUGAUCCAGACCUGGAGGCUGAACUUGCUGCUAUUACUGGAAGUAAAUCCGCUGGAGGAGGGAAAGCCAAGCCCAAGGGGAAAAGUCCCCUGCCCAUGGAAGACAUCGCAAGGAUGGCUGACGAGUGUAUGAGGGACGUGGACGACGAUGAUGACGAAAAUGUAGAAGAUGAUGAAGAUCUGUUGGCAGAGCUGCAGGAAGUGGUGGGUGAUGAGGAAGCCGAGGACGCAGUAACAGUUUCCUCCACGUCCUCCGCCACUUCUGCUCAAUCUCCUCAAGCUGAAACUCCAGAGUCCCCAGCGGCGCAGCAGCAGUCAGGGAAGGUGUCUUCGGCGGCUCCCGGCAGCCUCCAACACACCCUGGAGGAGAGAGUAGCCAUGUACAAGGCGGCGCUGCAGAACGCCAAGACUGCAGGAGAGACCUCCAAAGCCAGGAGAUACGAUCGAGGCCUGAAGACGCUGGAGUCGAUGUUGGCUGCCGUGAAGAAAGGUCGGCCUGUAAACGAGGCAGAGAUUCCUCCGCCCGUCGCCACCGGAGGCCCGAGCGCCGCCCCCAAACCGCCUGUUCCCGCGAGACCCGCUCCCCCUGUACCCUCGCCCCCCGGGUCCACUCAGCAGGAGGAGCCAGGGGUCACGCCCGCCGUCACACCCGGCAGCGACGAGGAGCAGUCGUCUCCCGCCGCUCUGACCUCCCUGAGCAGCCUCCCGUCUCCGGACGGGAAGGCUGAGGACGCCUCCGACCUCUCGCAGAGCAGCCAGACGAACGCCAACGAGGAGACCAGGACGAUGCUUCUGGAGAGGCAGAAGGAAUACAAGAUGGCAGCUCUGAGCGCAAAGAAGGAGGGAGACGUGGAGCGAGCCAAGCUCCACUUCAAGACCAGUAAGAGGUUCGAUGCAGUGAUCGAGGCGUUGGAGAAAGGACAAGCAGUCGAUCUGAGUGGCCUUCCUCCCCCUCCAGGACAGAGAAGAAACUCUGCUCCGGUGAAGGAACCUUCCUCUGGUGGUCAAAACGCACAGGUCACCCAACAGGUUACAGCAGCUUCAGUCCCUGCAGCUCCUAAAGACGCUCUGGAGGCUCUGGAGCAGAGACGAGCCAAGUACGUGGAGGCGUCUGCUCAGGCCAAAGCCAGCGGUGAUGACCGCAAGGCCCGAAUGCACGACCGCAUCGCCAAGCAAUACCAGAGCGCCAUCCGAGCCCACAAAGCAGGAAAACCUGUGGACUUUGACGAGCUGCCUGUUCCUCCUGGCUUCCCUCCGAUCCCCGGCCAGAAGGCGCCGGGAGCAGAGCAGUCGUUCGUCGCUGCUCUGGAGGCAGCGAAUAAACUCGCCUCCACUGACGCUGCUGAAGUAGCGGAUGAAGACGACGACGACGAUGAGGUGAAAGAAGAAGAGUCAAAGCCUGCUGUUGCAGAAAAGCUGAAGAGGCCCUCGCUGGACAUCCCCACCGCAGGUCAAGGAGUAAAAAGUUCUCAGUCGGAUUCACCCCAACUCUCACCAAAAGCUGUUAUGCAGCUGGAGUUUCUGGAGGGUCGGAGGAAGCAGUACAUGAAGGCGGCUCUGCAGGCGAAGCAGAAGAGCGACAUGGAGCAGGCAAAGGUUUUCCUCCGCACCGCCAAGGGCUUGGACCCCAUGAUCGAGGCGGCACGCAGCGGCAAAACCGUGGACAUCAGCACGGUGCCGUCGCCCCCCGGUGACGAAGACGAGGAAUUCAUCCUGAUUCAUCACAGCGACGUCCAGGUCUCAGAGAAAGUCGAGCAGGUUUACACUCAGCUGGCCAACAUCCUGAAAGAGCAGCACGAGAAAUGUCUGACUCACUCUAAGCAGUUCACACACUUGGGCAACAUCGCUGAGACCACAAAGUUUGAGAAGAUGGCCGAAAGCUGUAAGAAGAGUCUGGAGGUCCUGAAGUUGGCUCAGUGGGCGGGUCUGCCUCCUCCCAAACAUCACUUCGAGGAGAGACCGUUUCGCACUGUCAGGAUAUUUCCAGAGCUGAGCAGCACUGACAUGCUCGUGGUUAUUGUUAAAGGGAUGAAUCUUCCUGCCCCUAGUGGAAUCCAAUCAAACGACCUGGAUGCCUACGUCAAGUUGGAAUUCCCCUACCCUAGCGCGGAGCAGCCGCAGAAACACAAGACGUCCGUCAUCAAGAACACUAACUCCCCAGAAUAUGACCAGAGCUUCACGCUGUCAAUCAAUCGUAACCACCGCGGCUUCAGGAGGGUGGUGACGUCUAAAGGCCUCAAACUGGAGCUGCUGCACAAAGGCGGUUUCCUGCGGAGCGACAAGCCCAUUGGGACGGCCGUCGUCAAGCUGGACAAACUGGAGACACAGAGUGAGAUCAGGGAGAUCGUAGAGGUGAUGGACGGACGUAAAGCGACCGGAGGUCGCGUCGAGGUGAAGGUCCGUCUGCGGGAGCCUCUGAGCGGCCAGGACCUGCAGACGAGCACAGAGCGCUGGCUGGUGAUCGACCAGUCUUAGGUUCUCUAGGAUGCUUCCCGUCUCAAAAUGAAGAUAAAAGGCACUCAAUCAAAAACACUCAGAGGAAGAAGAAGAGGAGGAGGAUGAUGAGGACGAAGGUGUUUAGGACGCGUCGAGGACGGUCCGUCGUUGGGAUUGGACUACACGGGUCUUUGACUUGCUCAGAACUUUUUUGCACAUUUGCACGACACACGAGCUCCAUUUUCACACAGCGCUCCACCGGGAGGCGACACCGAGCCGGUUUCACGGUGAACCUGGCGGUGUCCGGUCCGGUAGGAGCUGCCGUGGGGCUUCAUCGGGAGGAUCAGAGGCCUCGUGAUUUAAAUCGGAGAAGGAGGCCGGCGCCGUGUCGAGCUAACCUGUACCUGCUGCCUGACGUAACCUUUAGUUAAUAUAUCAAAGAACAUGCUCCUCACAUCUCUCAGCUCUGGUAUCUAGAACUAUGCACUAAUACCAAAGUAAUCACUGUUGCUGUCAAAUCCUGCAUAUUUGAAAUCGUCUUUAGCUGCCAAACCUGUUACGAUGAGAGGAGAUUUCAUAUAUACAUAGAGUAUAUACACAUAUACAUAUAUAUAUAUAUAUAUUUACAGCUGUUGGAAGUUUUCAGUGUGUUUCCACAUAGUUCAUCCAGUUUACGAUGGGAAAGACGUUUUACAGGAGUAAGCCAAGAGAUGACGAUGAGGACAAGGUACGAUAAAUUAUUUAAAAAUCCGCACACUCUCACCCCCCACAACACACGUUUGUUUUCUUUCUUUCUUUCUUUCUUGGAUGAUAAACCUGUAGUCACUAAACCGCACACUCACUUCUCAGAGGCUUUAGGUGAGUUAGAUGUUUACACUGAAUAGCACAAAGCUAACUAAUGCUAAAGUUAAGUAGGAGGGGGGAUAAAAGUAAAGGUAGUAGUAAAGCGCAUUGUGUGACUCUCACGCCAUGAAACUGUUAGCUUAGCUUAGCAUAAAGACAGGAAACGAGGGGUGGGGAGUGGCUAGUCCGGCUCAGUGCAGGUCAAAAAGCAUCGUCUUAGUUUACGAAUGAUUUAAUCAGGAGUCACGUGCUUUAACGUGUGGACACAGCCAGGCUAGCUGGUUUAGUAUAAUGACCUGUGCUAAGCUAAGCUAAGCUAACCUAACCUUAGCUUCAUUUUUUAUCUACAGGCAUCUAAAUCUCAACAAGAGUAAAGAUGUUAUAAAUCUAUGCAUCAGUCUCGUCACGAGGUGUUUCCCAAAUAUCAGAAUGAGCCGACCGAUGGGUUUUUAAAGGGCCAGUUCAUUCAAAAUAAACUAUUUCUUUUUUUUACCAUGAUGAGCUAAGAAAAUUUGAUCAACAAAGCAAAGAUAGAAAAGAUACAUUUCUUAAAGCUGCACUAAACUGGUUUGAAUUACUCCAUCAGCUGUAUUAAAACUGUGGAUUUUAACCUCUUUCGGCUCCUUGUUUUUGUCUUUCAGGCUCUAAACAGAGACCAAAAACGGAGCCAAAAGAGGCUCAAAAACACGUCUCUAAAUGAAUAAGUGAUGAUUAUGUUGUUCGCUAGCGUGCCAAGUGAGUGCAGCUUUAAGUGCACGUGUAAUUUGAGCUGACUGGUCCUUUAAAAGUUUCAGGAUGUUAACGAACGCUGACAAAAAGAAGCCAUAACAAAGUGACUGAGCCAAAUACCACUAACCUUCCCGCCUCCAAACUGUGGGCGACUUCAUUUAAGCUGCCAAACGUUACUGCGGUCACAACAUUUCUUCUUCUGUGCAGAACUUUUAAGGUGUGAAAACUUACGUCCACUUCACGUUUGAAUAAAUUCAUUCAUUAAAUCACACUUUUCAUUUUGUUUUCUAACAAUCAAAGAUGAGUGAUGUCACGUUGUAGAAUCAUUUUAAACAGAAUCGAGAAACUGUUGCGUGGACUGAAGCUUUUUAAUCCUGCGCAAGUGUAUCAUUAAAAUAUCUUCUUUUAAUUUGUCGUGUUGAGUUCUUUCUUUCUUUCAUUUCAUUCAGUAGAAAAAACUAGAGAAAAAGAAGAAAGCAACAAACUGGAGUCAGUUUUCUAUAAGUUUUUAUUUUACAUAUACUACAGUUUUCUUUUUUUGGAUAAAGACCACGUUUAGUGUAAAUGGGGAAGAAACGGUGUACAGGGUUUUUGGCUUUUUGACUGAUAUUUAUUAAAAAUAAAAAGAAGAAAAACAAAAUCCAGACAAUGACAGAACUGAGUAUCCAUAACUGUUGAAAUGCAAAGUUGAUUUACUCCCGUUUCGAGCUCUGCUGCAUGCACGGUUUUGGAAAAGUUACAUCUUGGAGCUGAAUACAAAAACAAAAUGCUACUUUUUUUUUUCCAACAAAUUGCACCAUUUAUUUUAGGGUGGGGGUGGGUGGGUGGGGGGGUCGUUUAAGACAUAUUGCACAUGUCAGAUAAUAAUGCCGAAAAAAAGUAAUUUAGAAGAAACAAAAAGGAAUCCUGGCGUCUCCUCCUCCUUCGUUUUGCUCGUCGUCUGAUGGACACAGUGAAAACACGGUGAUGGAGCGACACCGUCUCUGGUGGGAUCACAGUAAAUCAACCAGGGGGGCGGUGACCUUUGACCUCGGUCCUUAACCGACGCUAACUCUGCUACAGCGGCUCCUGAAGUCCUAAAAACGAGUAGCUGCAGGUCUAAUUUAAAACUGGAAACGACGGCUCUUCUGCAGAUUUUUUUCACGUGAUUGUCUUGAUUCAUUCGCCCCGGCUUCAUCUGAACUGUCAUUUAACAGAGGAGAAAUUAACACGACGCAAGCGUCACGGUUACUGUACACAGAUUUUUUUGGUGAUUCGGUCCGAAAACAGAAACAACUAAGCACGUCUCUCAGAUUUGAACAGGAACAAGAGGAAUACAUUCUUUUAUUUCUGCAGGUCCGUGUUUCAGUUGACGUCCAAACAGGCUGAUGAUGAUCUGUUCACAGAUUGAAACAGUUGAGGCCCUUGAAGACGACGUUAGCAAGAAAAAAUAAAAAUAAAAAAAUGUCUUGGAUUUUCAGGGCUUUGGAAGGAUGCAGAAAUAUGCGAGAUGAGAUACAUUCAGGUUCGGGUCAAUCAAACUUUCUGCAGGAACCUCUGAUCUCACAAACACUGGACUUUAAAUCUCCUGACGUCCUCCAGGACUUCAACUCUCCUGUAAAUGGCUUAGAAUCCAGUGCACUGCUUCUGCAAAUUAAGUCAGUCCUUAUAUAUUUCUUCAUAUAUAUAUCGUCUAUAUAUAUAUAUAUUUAUAUAUAUUUAUAGCUUUACAUCUUUAAGAGUUAUUCUCUUUGACACCAAAGUAAAUCGAGUUUUUUUUUUUUUUGCAACCACGGCGGAACGAACACGAAUGAUGUCGGAUAAAAACUGAUCUUGCGUUUUCUUUUUUCUUUUUUCCAGGUGUAUGUACAGAUCGUUUAUUGAUAAAGCCUUGGAACCUUUAUGUAUUUAUUUUUUUUACUCAGCUGUGUAGAACAAAAGGUUUUUUUUUUUUAACCUUCUUUCACUAAUACUGGAGGUUUCUGGAAGCUGUUUUAACCGAGGAAGAGGAGGAGGAGGAGGAGGAGAUUCUUCCACCUACACAUGUAUGUACAAGUCGAUGUCUGUGGAGUAAAGCUUAAGUAGUAAGACGUGAAGCAGAGAUGUUGUUUUUUUUUGUUUGUUUUUUUGUAUUUUCCCUCCUCCGUCGAUGAAUCGCUGCUGCAGGCACUGAUAAACUAAAUCGGAGAUACUUCCUCCUUCCUCUUCCUCCUCGUCCAGACCUCUUCUUCUUCUUCUUCUUCUCCUUCUCCGCAGUGGAUGUGAGUCUCCUUUGUGACAGCAUCCGUGCUACACAGAGGCAGGUUUUUUUUUUUAACCCAGAGUUCAGUGCGUUAGGGUUAGGGUGGACCUCCGGCUGCCACAGUGACGUCGGGAGUUUCGAAUGAUUCGGAAGAUGAGGAGCUACAAGACGCCACGACCAGCAGGUCUGUCCGGAUACCCACACUUGACCUGAUCGAUACCGACCCGAGAACCCAGAGCCGUUUAAUAUCUUCUCCGCUUCUUCACAACUUGACUUCCUCUCGCUAACAUCCCAAGUGUAGGUACGAGGACGGACGCUCGGAUCUGCUCGGAGCUUCCUCUGAUGCAUAGGUUUGACGUGAGGAAUGCUACCCCGCCUGGCUCGGCACAGUUUUCUGGCUCUUCUGAAGUGCAAACGGCUGGAGGCGGACGGGAUGACGGGGAAGGACCGGGCGGGCGACAUGACGUCCCAGCUGGAAAA